CUCUCAUGACUCACAGCAUCACUCAAUCGCAUAUACAAACAUGGCCGAGGCAUUCGCACAAACAGACCUUCAGGGCGCAUUGCCCCUCAUCGCCCGGGGCAAAGUGCGUGAUCUGUACGAGGUGGAUGCUAAGACUUUGCUCUUCGUUGCAACUGAUCGCAUCUCCGCCUACGAUGUGAUCAUGGAGAAUGGCAUUCCUAACAAGGGUGUUCUCCUCACUCUCUGCACGCAAACAUGGUUCAAGAUUCUGUCCGAGGCCAUUCCCUCUCUGCGCACGCAUUUCCUCACUCUCGACCUUCCGCCUCAAAUCCCCGCCUCGCUUCGCCCGGUGCUUCAGAACCGGAGCAUGCAGGUCCGCAAGCUUAAGAUUCUCCCCAUUGAGGCCAUUGUCCGCGGAUACAUCACAGGCUCCGCAUGGAAGGAAUACCAGAAGUCGGGCACCGUGCAUGGAAUCAAGAUCCCCGCCGGCUUGAAGGAGAGCGAGGCCUUCCCCGAUGGCCCGAUCUAUACACCAAGCACAAAGGCUGAGCAAGGCGAGCAUGAUGAAAACAUUCACCCUGAUCAAGCUACCGCUAUUGUCGGCGAACCGUUUGCGUCCACCAUUGCCGCCCUUUCUGUCCAGCUCUACAAGGCCGCCCAUGCCUAUGGUCUCGAGCGUGGCGUUAUCAUUGCCGACACGAAAUUCGAAUUCGGCCUCGAUGAGGAAACCAACGAGGUUGUGCUGGCUGAUGAGGUCCUGACACCGGACUCCUCGCGGUUCUGGCCCAAGGACACCUACGAGAUUGGCCGUGGCCAGGCAAGCUUCGACAAGCAGAUCCUGCGUGAUUGGUUGGUCAAGGAAGGACUGAAGGGCAAGCCGGGCGUCCGGAUGAGCGAUGAGAUCGCACAGAAAACCAGUGAGAAGUACAAGGAGGCCUGGGAGAUGAUCACUGGGGGUAACUAG